CACAAACUGACUCUUGGGUUGAUUUGGAAUAUAAUCCUCCACUGGCAGGUCAAAAAUGUAAUGAAAAAUAUCAUGGCUGGAUUGCAACAAACCAACAGUGAAAAGAUUCUCCUGAGCUGGGUCCGACAAUCAACUCGUAAUUAUCCACAGGUUAAUGUCAUUAACUUUACCACUAGCUGGUCUGAUGGUCUGGCUUUAAAUGCUCUCAUCCACAGUCAUAGACCAGACCUGUUUGAUUGGAAUAGUGUGGUUUGCCAGCAGUCAGCCACACAACGACUGGAACAUGCAUUCAACAUUGCCAAAUAUCAAUUAGGCAUAGAGAAACUGCUUGAUCCUGAAGAUGUUGCUACCACUUAUCCAGAUAAGAAGUCCAUCUUAAUGUAUGUCACAUCACUCUUCCAAGUUUUGCCUCAGCAAGUGAGCAUUGAAGCCAUCCAGGAAGUGGAAAUGUUGCCAAGACCAUCAAAAGUUACUAGAGAGGAACACUUUGAAUUGCAUCAUCAAAUGCACUAUUCUCAGCAGAUCACAGUCAGUCUAGCACAGGGCUAUGAACGAGUUCCUUCUUCUCCUAAGCCUCGGUUCAAGAGCUAUGCCUACACACAGGCUGCUUAUGUCACCACCUCUGACCCCACAAGGAGCCCACUUCCUUCACAGCCCUUGGAAGCUCCGGAAGACAAGUCACUUGGCCGUUCAUCAAUGGAGACUGAGGUAACCCUGGACAGUUACCAAACAGCUUUAGAAGAAGUACUCUCAUGGCUUCUUUCUGCUGAGGACACACUGCAAGCCCAGGGAGAGAUUUCUAAUGAUGUAGAAGAAGUGAAAGAACAGUUUCAUACUCAUGAGGGGUACAUGAUGGAUUUGACAUCCCAUCAAGGACGGGUUGGUAAUGUUCUACAAUUGGGAAGUCAACUGAUUGGAACAGGGAAAUUAUCAGAAGAUGAAGAAACUGAAGUACAAGAACAAAUGAAUCUCCUAAAUUCAAGAUGGGAAUGCCUCAGGGUAGCUAGCAUGGAAAAACAAAGCAAUUUACAUAAAGUUCUAAUGGAUCUCCAGAAUCAGCAUCUGAAAGAGUUAAAUGACUGGCUGACUAAAACAGAAGAGAGAACAAGGAAAAUGGAGAAAGAGCCACUUGGACCUGAUAUUGAAGACCUAAAACGCCAAGUACAACAACAUAAGGUGCUUCAAGAAGACCUAGAACAGGAACAAGUCAGGGUCAAUUCUCUCACUCACAUGGUGGUGGUGGUCGAUGAGUCUGGUGGAGACCAUGCAACUGCUGCUUUGGAAGAACAACUUAAGGUACUGGGAGAUCGAUGGGCAAACAUCUGUAGAUGGACAGAAGAUCGCUGGGUUCUUUUACAAGACAUCCUCCUGAAAUGGCAGCGUUUUACUGAAGAACAGUGCCUUUUUAGUGCAUGGCUUUUAGAAAAAGAAGAUGCAUUGAACAAGAUUCACACAACUGGCUUUAAGGAUCAAAGUGAAAUGUUAUCAAGUCUUCAGAAACUGGCUGUUUUAAAAACAGAUUUAGAAAAGAAAAAACAAACCAUGGACAAACUCUGCUCACUCAACCAAGAUCUUCUGUCAACACUGAAAGACACAUUGGUAGCCCAAAAGAUGGAAGCCUGGCUGGACAACUUUGCCCAGCGCUGGGAUAACUUAGUCCAAAAACUUGAAAAAAGUUCUUCACAGAUUUCGCAGGCUGUCACCACCACUCAGCCAUCACUAACACAGACAACUGUAAUGGAAACAGUAACUAUGGUGACCACGAGGGAACAAAUUCUGGUAAAGCAUGCCCAAGAGGAACUGCCACCGCCACCUCCCCAAAAGAAGAGGCAGAUUAUUGUGGAUUCCGAAAUUAGGAAAAGGUUGGACGUCGAUAUAACUGAACUUCACAGUUGGAUUACUCGUUCAGAAGCUGUGUUGCAGAGUCCUGAAUUUGCAAUCUAUCGGAAGGAAGGCAACUUCUCAGACCUUAAAGAAAAAGUCAAUGCCAUAGAGCGAGAAAAAGCGGAGAAGUUCAGAAAACUGCAAGAUGCCAGCAGAUCAGCUCAGGCCCUGGUGGAACAGAUGGUGAAUGAGGGUGUUAAUGCUGACAGCAUCAAACAAGCCUCAGAACAACUGAACAGCCGGUGGAUAGAGUUCUGCCAAUUGCUAAGUGAGAGACUUAACUGGCUGGAGUAUCAGAACAACAUCAUCACUUUCUAUAAUCAGCUACAACAAUUGGAGCAGAUGACAACUACUGCUGAAAACUGGUUGAAAACCCAACCUACCACCACAUCAGAGCCAACAGCAAUUAAAAGCCAGUUAAAAAUGUGUAAGGAUGAAGUCAACCGACUGUCAGCUCUUCAGCCUCAAAUCGAGCGAUUAAAAAUUCAAAGCUUAGCCCUGAAAGAGAAAGGACAAGGGCCAAUGUUCCUGGAUGCAGACUUUGUGGCCUUUACAAAUCAUUUUAACCAAGUCUUUGCCGAUAUGCAAGCCAGAGAAAAAGAGCUCCAGACAAUUUUUGACACUUUGCCACCCACACGCUAUCAGGAGACCAUGAGUACCAUCCUUACAUGGAUCCAGCAGUCAGAAACCAAACUCUCUAUACCUCAGGUUACUGUCACUGAAUAUGACAUCAUGGAACAGAGACUCGAAGAGUUACAGGCUUUACAAAGCUCUCUGAAAGAGCAACAAAGUGGCCUAAACUAUCUCAGCACCACUGUAAAAGAGAUGUCGAAGAAAGUGCCCUCUGAUAUUAGCCGGAAAUACCAGUCGGAAUGUGAAGAGGUUGAGGGCCGCUGGAAGAGACUGUCCUCUCAGCUGCUUGAGCAUUGCCAAAAGCUAGAGGAGCAAAUGGCUAAACUUCGAAAAAUUCAGAAUCACAUAAAAACUCUGAAGAAAUGGAUGGCUGAAGUUGAUGUCUUCCUGAAGGAGGAAUGGCCUGCCCUCGGAGACUCAGAAAUUCUGAAAAAACAGCUGAAACAGUGCAGGCUUUUAGUCAAUGAUAUUCAGACAAUUCAGCCCAGUCUCAACAGUGUCAAUGAAAGUGCACAGAAGGUAAAGAGUGAAGCGGAGCCAGAGUUUGCUUGCAGACUUGAGACAGAGCUCAGAGAACUUAACACUCAGUGGGAUUACAUAUGCCGACAGGUCUAUGCCAGAAAGGAAGCCUUAAAGGGAGGUUUGGAUAAAACUGUAAGUCUUCAGAAAGAUCUGUCAGAGAUGCACGAAUGGAUGACACAAGCUGAAGAAGAAUACCUAGAGAGAGAUUUUGAGUAUAAAACCCCAGAUGAAUUACAGACUGCAGUUGAAGAGAUGAAGAGAGCCAAAGAAGAGGCCCAGCAAAAGGAAGCAAAAGUGAAACUCCUUACCGAGUCCGUCAAUAGUGUCAUAGCUCAGGCUCCUCCUGCAGCACAAGAGGCCUUACAAAAGGAACUUGACACUCUAACCACCAACUACCAGUGGCUCUGCACCAGGCUCAAUGGCAAAUGCAAAACCUUGGAAGAGGUUUGGGCGUGCUGGCAUGAAUUAUUGUCAUACUUGGAGAAGGCAAACAAGUGGCUAAACGAAGUAGAAUUCAAACUUAAAACCACUGAAAAUAUUCCUAGUGGAGCUGAGGAAAUCUCUGAGGUGCUUGAUUCACUUGAAAAUUUGAUGCAACAUUCAGAGGAUAACCCGAAUCAGAUUCGCAUAUUGGCACAGACCCUAACAGAUGGUGGAGUCAUGGAUGAACUGAUCAAUGAGGAACUUGAGACAUUUAAUUCUCGUUGGAGAGAACUACAUGAAGAGGCUGUGAGGAGGCAAAAGUUGCUUGAACAGAGCAUCCAGUCUGCCCAGGAGAUCGAAAAAUCCUUGCACUUAAUUCAGGAGUCCCUCUCAUCCAUUGACAAGCAGUUGGCAGCUUAUAUUGCUGACAAAGUGGACGCAGCUCAAAUGCCUCAGGAAGCUCAGAAAAUCCAAUCAGAUUUAACAAGUCAUGAGAUCAGUUUAGAGGAGAUGAAGAAACAUUACCAGGGAAAGGAGACUGCCCAAAGGAUGCUAUCCCAAAUUGAUGUGGCCCAGAAAAAAUUGCAAGAUGUUUCCUUGAAGUUUCGAUUAUUCCAGAAGCCAGCCAAUUUUGAGCAGCGUCUCCAGGAAAGUAAGAUGAUUUUAGAUGAAGUGAAGAUGCAUUUGCCUGCAUUGGAAACAAAGAGCGUGGAACAGGAAGUAGUACAGUCACAGUUAAAUCAUUGUGUGAACUUGUAUAAAAGUCUGAGUGAAGUGAAGUCUGAAGUGGAAAUGGUGAUAAAAACUGGACGUCAGAUUGUACAGAAGAGGCAGACAGAAAACCCUAAAGAACUUGAUGAAAGAGUUACGGCGUUGAAAUUGCAUUAUAAUGAGCUGGGAGCAAAGGUGACCGAAAGAAAGCAACAGUUGGAAAAAUGCUUGAAAUUGUCCCGUAAGAUGCGAAAGGAAAUGAACGCCCUGACAGAAUGGCUGGCGGCUACAGAUACGGAAUUGACGAAGAGAUCAGCAGUUGAAGGAAUGCCUAGUAAUUUGGAUUCCGAAGUUGCCUGGGGAAAGGCUACUCAGAAAGAGAUUGAGAAACAGAAGGUUCACCUCAAGAGUAUCACAGAGAUAGGAGAGGCCUUGAAAGUGGUUUUGGGCAAGAAGGAGACCUUGGUGGACGAUAAACUGAGUCUCCUGAAUAGUAACUGGACGGCUGUCACUUCGCGAGCUGAAGAGUGGUUAAACCUUUUGCUGGAAUACCAGAAACACAUGGAAAACUUUGACCAAAAUGUGGAUUACAUCACAAAAUGGAUCAUUCAGGCUGAUGCACUUUUGGAUGAAUCUGAGAAAAAGAAACCUCAGCAAAAAGAAGACAUACUUAAGCGUUUAAAGGCUGAAAUGAAUGACAUACGCCCAAAGGUGGAUUCCACGCGAGACCAAGCAGCAAACCUGAUGGCAAACCGCGGUGACCGCUGCAGGAAAGUAGUAGAGCCCAAAAUCUCAGAGCUCAACCAUCGAUUUGCAGCCAUUUCUCACAGAAUUAAGACUGGAAAG